AUGCUUCGGAGAGUUAUACUCGGUCAAAUCAUACUUAUCGUUCUGAGUAUUUGUUCAUGUCAUGGGUCGAUUAGCGGUACACGUGAUCAGAUCGUCCUGGCAAAUUUCAAAGCGCAAUUAUCAAAAGCUCGGACAUUGAAGCAGGCGCUUGCUAUUUAUGCGGAUUCGAGUAUGAGCAAUAAACAUCAAGUAGCUAUGCAAACGGAUAUUCGUAAACUUGAGAAGAAUAUCGAUACACAACUGGUUGGGUUCGAACUGGCGAAAGACGAUAAAAUUGUGCCAUAUGUGAACGGUGGUUGUUUACCACGUAUUACAUGUGUUCCUGUUUAUUCUCAAGAGGCAAUAUCAGAAGCACAAUUUUCAUGUGAACCAACGAAAAUUGAAUAUGUUUCAUUCAGUCCGAUAAUUAAAUUCGAACAUGGCGAAGGUUCCGGUCCACCUAUCGCUGCAAUGAAACCAUUCAAAACCGAAAAUCACACCGAAUGCACAUGCAAAUGUAAACUCGAUGAGAAUGCUUGUCCAAGUAGUGCUCAAGUUUUGGACCAUGAACUAUGUCGCUGUCGAGAACAAGCGUGUUUUCCUCAAUGUCAAGCUAUGCAACGUUGUCAAUUGCUUAGUACACAAGAAAAACCAUCCUGCGUUUGCAAACGACCUAUCCCAGGUCAAAAUGGCGCAUAUUCAUGUUCUUCGGGUUAUCAACCUGAUGCUCGUUGCAAAAAAUGUGUGAAAUAUCCAUGA